UUUAUGAUGAAGUACAAUCAGGCAUUAAAAUCACUAACUACCAUAAACUUAAGAACAAAUCAAGUACUAUAGUGAGUAACAGCAUCAGUGGUGCCUUGAUCAACGCUACGAAUGACUGGGCUUCAGUAUUCUACCUAUUUGGAAGCCUUGGGAUUCUAUGGUUCAUAAUGUGGUGCUGCUUUGUUAUUCAGAUCCUGAUUCACACCCUUUCAUCAGUGACAAGGAAAAAAUGUACCUUAAGAAAGAAUUAGAAAACGUCCAUAGGGAGUCCCCGGCCACCCCUUGGCGGAGCAUCUGGACCUCGACACCGCUCUGGGCACUAGUAGCUGCCCAAAUCGGCCACGACUGGGGCUUCUUCACCAUGGUCACCGACCUUCCCAAAUACAUGAGCGACGUGUUAAAGUUCGACGUGAAAGAGAACGGAAUUUGGUCAUCGGUGCCCUACGUGGUUAUGUGGUUGAUCUCCAUGAGCUCUGGGUGGUUGUGCGAUUGGUUGAUCACCCCAUCCCUCGGACCAGCUCUCUUCAUAAUGAUCGCCUCGUACAGCGGGUGCGACAGAUACCUCACCGUGGCGAUGUUCACCAUAGCGAUGGGUUUCAUGGGUACCUUCUACUGUGGCAUGAAGGUGAACGCAUUGGACCUUUCACCAAACUAUGCUGGAACGCUCAUGGCUAUAGUGAAUGGCAUUGGGGCGAUCACAGGAAUUUUCACGCCAUACGUUGUAGGUGCACUCACCGAAAAUCAUACCUUGAAGCAGUGGCGGGUCGUUUUCUGGAUCACCUUUGCGGUUUUUGUGGUGACAAAUAUCAUUUACACCUGUUACGGUAGCGGCGAAGAGCAGUCGUGGAACAACAAGGAAAAGAACAGGGACGAGAAAGGAAAAGACCUUAGCUAAAUAUUUUUUUCCACUAUGUGAUAGUUGUUGUAAAUCAAGCCGUCUUUAUUUGUGAUAUGAUCCUAUGAUCAAAUUGUUUAGAAGCUAAGAUGUACAGUAUUACGAUACUUCUAGUAAAAUUAACCAUUAAGCAAAUGCGUCUCAAUCCGUAUUCAGUGUCGCUAUGAAAUAAGUAAAAUCAAUGCAAAUUGAAAAUGUGUUCUCUUUCCAGGAAAAUUCAUAUCCCGCCUAGAAUUUAUCGGAAUUUAAUGUAAUGUAAUUUCCAAAAAUGAUGAGACCUGUCACUAUAUAGAAUUUACUUAUUUCUAACCGAUCCUGUAUACCUAGUAUGUAUUUUUUAUAUCCUAUUUGAACUACUUACAGAACAAAUAUACUAAGAGUGUGCCUUUUACUAUUAAAAAUAUGUAGUAAAUUAUAUUAUAUUUAAAUUUAUAUUAUAUAUGAAUUAUUUUAUUGUAAAUUUAUGGAUUGACUAUAGGAAUGUGUCAUAUAUUAUAUAUGGCAAUAGCAUGUCUGCUGAUAUACAGGGUGAGUUUUUAAUGAAGCCUUGGCCGGUAACACCGUUAUUACUCUUGAUAUCUAAUAAAGUUUAAUGCAAAAUUUAGAAAAUGUUUGUGCUACAGGGUGAUUUAUAACUAAGUGGUGACUCAAACAUACAUUUUUUAAUGCCCUCUAGCUCUAGCUAUAACAGUAGAGAAAGAGCGAGUUGUGAAACAGAUUGUCCAAUGUUUCAACAAUUUUAGAAUGCUUCGUUUAGAAGGGCCUACUCAAAUCUGCAAUAAAAUGUAAGGUAUUCCUUUCAAAAAAUGUUUGCUUGGGUAACCCUGUAGAGAUAAAAAUAUUCUCCAAUUCGAUAGCAUUCUGUUGGCUACAUUUUUUUCGAUGAACUUUUUUAGAUGCAACCACUAAAAACUCACCCUGUAUAACAGAAUAGCGUAAUUAUAGGCGAGUAAGUAAAAGUAGGUAAGGGUGAGAAUAAUAUAAUAUACUGUGAUUUACCCCAAUCAUUGCAACAAUUAUUUGCUAUCACAAGUUAAAGUUUUGUUUAGCAGCAUAAGCUGUCUGAUUUUUUUGUUUUAUGGGGGCCAUAUUACAAAUGUUUGGUGAGGGUAAAAGUAUAUCAUGUAGCUAGUUCCUUUAUUAUUGUGAUUAUAAUGUUUAUGAUCACACUAAUGUAACUGAUAUUACAUCACCAUUUCUUAUAGUUAGUAUGUGAGUUCUUGAUCCAUCCUUUAAUAAAAU